AACACCAAUGUGAAACAUGCGGUCUGCUGUGUUACUGUGGUUAGGUGUGGCUGGUGUGGUACACUCUAUGGUUCCAUGCUAUAACUCCACAAAUUACUCCGUGUAUUCGAACCAAGUGUUUAACCUCCAUAAACAAAACGUGAAUCUGUCAAGGUUUCAUAAUGAAGUCACAUUACUGAUCAACGUGGCGACUUACUGAGGGUUAACUGUCGCCCAAUAUACUGGGCUUAACGCACUUUUAACGCACUUCAACGGUAGAAACUUUAGUGUCCUCGCUUUUCCAUGCGACCAGUUCCACCUCGAGGAACCGGGUGAAGACAGUGAAAUCUUAAAUGGUUUGAUGUACGUGAGACCUGGUAACGGGUAUGUACCUCACCCCAAGCUCAAUAUAUUUGGUAAAAUAAAAGUGAACGGGAGGCACGAGCACACGAUUUACAAGAAUGUAAAGGCUUCUUGUCCCCCAACCACUUUAAACCUGGGCUCUACGCGUAACAUGUAUUGGAACCCGGUUAAAUCAACCGACAUAACUUGGAAUUUUAAUAAAUUUCUUCUUGACAAGAAUGGAGUGCCAAGGUAUCGUAUCAGUAGUGAUGCCUCACCUACGUCACUUAUCCCUUACAUCACUACAAUGCUAUCCGAGUAAAUAGUUCCCACAACAUUGAAGCUAUAUGACGCCAUCUUUGGAAACUCUGAGAGCAAAGAUGGCCGACACCGUUUAACUUUUAACAUUAUCUAUUAUAAGUAUAAGUGCGUUUGCUUGUAAUUAGAUUCUCGUUGAAUAAAGUUAAACCGCUUUAAUGUGGCGGAUG